AUGGAGAUAGUAAAGCGCUUUGGAGAGCUGUCAGGGUUGCAGGUCCAGCCUUCCAAAAGCAAAGCGAUCUUUCUAAAUACGGCAGUGAAGAAAGUGGAUAUAUACGGGAUCCCGGUAGUGCCGAUGGGAGAAACAGUGCGCUACUUGGGGUACCAAGUCGGGACCGGCCCGUUGACAGAGGUGAACUGGGCGACUCGGAUUCGCGCUGUCCAGAGACGCUUAGCAACAGCGGCGCAAUUAUCCCAAAGUGUCGAGACACGCGUACUCUUGCUCAACGUGAUCAUGCUACCAUCGGUGCUAUUUACGGCAGCGGUGUUCGAAAUGCCAAGGUGGGCGGAUCGCCAGCUGCGCAGUAUUCAGAAACAAUUCUUGUGGCAUCAUUCGACAGGCCACGAACCCAGUAGGCAUAAGUCGGGUUGGCAUCAAUCGCCAUAG